GACGCUCGCUCAGGCAUCGGUGACCGUACAUCUACGAAUGGACGGCAUGAAUUUGAUAUCAAACCAUAUUCUAACUGGUCUGAAUCCUUUCAACGAAUGCUUAAUUUUACAAGGCUAUUAGAACGUUAUACUUAUAGUUCAGUUUAGCCAUCUGUAGCAUAGACAUGGCGUCUUGAGCUAUGUGAAAAUGGCUCUAUAACACGGUGUUGUGGAGGGCGCGCGGUCCAUUCAACAAGGAGCUGUGGACACCAGCAGGYAGGAUGGAGGAGAAGAAACGCAACAUCCGGAUCAUUGAAUGGGAGGACCUGGACAAGAAAAAGUUCUACUCCCUGGGUGUGUUCAUGACCAUGACCACCAGGGCCACAGUCUACCCGUUCACCCUCAUCCGCACCCGGCUGCAGGUGCAGAAGGGCAAGUCCCUCUACACAGGCACCUUUGACGCCUUCUACAAGAUCCUGAAGGCGGAAGGCCCGCGAGGCCUCUACCGAGGCUUUAUGGUUAACACCUUCACCUUGAUCUCAGGCCAGGCCUACAUCACCACCUACGAACUGGUAAGRAAGUACGUGUCCCAAUAUUCCAGCAAUAACACAGUGAAGUCUCUGUGGGCAGGGGGAGCGGCGUCCCUGGUGGCCCAGACCAUCACUGUGCCCAUAGAUAUGGUCUCUCAGCAGCUCAUGAUGCAAGGCCAGGUGGGACACCUGAGCCGCUUCAAGGUCAAACCCAAAAUAAUGAUGGCGACAUCCAAGAGCAAAGUGACUUUCGGACAAACCAGGGACAUUGUGGUGCAGAUAUGCGCCGCAGACGGUUUCCGGGGAUUUUACCGGGGAUACGUGGCAUCCCUCCUCACCUACAUCCCCAAUAGUGCGGUGUGGUGGCCUUUUUAUCAUUUUUAUGCAGAGAACCUUUCCAAACUAGCCCCCAGUGAUUGUCCUCACCUGCUUCUGCAGGCUAUCGCUGGGCCAAUGGCAGCAGCCACAGCCUCCACCAUCACCAAUCCCAUGGAUGUUGUGCGGGCCAGAGUGCAGGUGGAGGGCAGGUCAUCGGUCAUUGCAACCUUCAAGCAGCUGCUGGCAGAGGAAGGACCUUGGGGGAUGACUAAAGGGUUGUCUGCCCGCAUCAUCUCCUCCACCCCCACGGCCGUGGUCAUCGUGGUGGGCUACGAGACCCUCAAGAGACUGAGCCUGCGGCCUGAGCUGGUCAACUCUAGACACUGGUAAAUACCAGAGGGACAACCAGGGACAGACCCGGGCUAGACUGGGCCAGGUAGCCAGGGACACUGUCAAACACAGACAAAACAUGGCUACCUGGUCCCCCAUAUUGCCGAUUCGGGUUGCCUUUGAAAAACUGUUGCCUUUUUAUGUUUUAAUGUGAGGUUGGUGGAUUUUAUCAUGAUGUUUGGGCAGAUKAAUUAUGAUUCAUACCUUUUUGUUUUCAGGGAGUACAACUGUAGAUAUUGGAACUUGUCAAUUAGAGGUAUGGAGAAAAAUGUGUGUUGCAGCAGAGUAAGCAAAUGAAAGUGUAAUAAGGAGAGUCAUUUAAUUUACUAAUUAUAAGGCUUGGUAAAUUUGACACUGGGUUAAACUGGUUUUCAAAAAAGACUCACAAACCCUCUGUUGCCCUUAAAGAAUGGUGUUUGUUAACUUUAAAUGGUACAUGUUUGUCAGCUUUGUAWUGUUCAUGUAUUCACCCAAUGGUUGCGUUUCACUGGCAAAGGUAAUGWAGACAACCCUGCUGAGAGCCUGUCGACAGGGCAGGUUAUUACAUUCAAGUUCUCUUCCUAUGGUGAGAAAGGACCAGGGCUAUGUUGAAUAAGAGCAGAACUGCUCUAUAGUACCCUUUUUCACAGAAUAUGAUUUGUGUAAAGCAAGUUAUUCAAAAUAGGCUUGGGAAACACUAUGGCAUGGUAAAAUUACUGGUGCCUCAACACAUCUCAAUUUAAAAACAGAGCUACCUACUCCUGCCCUCAAUGCUUGUGGACUGUUGGGAAUAGUACACUAUAU